GUGGCGCACACUGCUUUUAUCAGCUGACAGCCUGACAGUCACUGCUGUUGCCUCACUCGCUACAGGAAUGGCAGCUCGUGGAGGCUUUUUCCUUUCUCUGCUCAACUACAAAACUGAGAAAUAUGUCAUUGCAGAAAAUAGGAAGAUUGGCAUUUUAUUCCGCCUGUAUCAGCUGGCUGUACUGGGAUACAUAAUCGGGUGGGUGUUUGUGGCAAAAAAAGGUUACCAGGAAAAGGAAGAGGCCAUCCAGACCUCUGUCUUCACAAAACUAAAGGGUGUUGCUUUGACCAAUGACUCAAACAAGGGGCUUCAUCUAUGGGGGGCUGAAGACUACGUAAUACCCCCAAAUGGUGAGCAAGUGUUCUUUGUAGUAACAAAUUAUAUAGAGACUCCUAAUCAGAGGCUGGGCUUCUGUCCUGAGAGUGACAGGGUGCCAGAUGGAAGGUGUACAAGUGAUGAUGAUUGUGAGGAGGGGGAAACUGUCAUAGCAGGGAAUGGUAUCAAGACGGGCGUGUGUAUAAACAGCACUGGGACAUGUGAGGUCCAUGCCUGGUGUCCUGUUGAAUACAGCCCCAGACCCCAAGAGCCAUUACUGAGUGCAGCUGAAAACUUUACCGUCUACAUCAAAAAUUUCAUCCGGUUUCCAAAGUUUGAUUUCUCUAAAUCAAACGUGCUGGAAACUGCAGAAGCCAAUUACCUAAAAAAUUGCACCUAUGACAGUGAGACUCAUCCCUAUUGUCCCAUCUUUCAUCUGGGAAAUCUGGUCAGUUGGACAGGCAGUGACUUUCAGGAAAUGGCUGUAAAGGGUGGCUCUGUGGGGAUUCUGAUUGAAUGGAAGUGUGACCUGGAUAAGGACUAUUCACUGUGUAACCCACAGUACAGCUUCACCCGCCUGGACAUAAAUAUCAAUAAUUCAGUAACAUCAGGAUACAACUUUAGAUAUGCCAAGCAUUUCAAAGAUCCAAAAGGUGAAUCAUUUCGCACUUUGUACAAAGUGUAUGGGAUUCGCUUUGAUAUUAUGGUCAAUGGCCAGGCAGGAAAGUUUAGUAUUGUCCCCACAAUAAUUGCUCUUGGCUCAGGUAUCGCUCUUCUGGGCGCAGGGGCUUUUGCUUGUGACAUGAUACUACUCUAUAUGAUGAACACCAGCUCUUUUUACAGAGAAAGGAAAUUUGAAAUAAUCAAUUUUAAGAAAGAACGCCACAAAUCCAAGGAUGGGAAGGACAGCAAGGAUGGAAAAGAUUCAAAAGCAGCACACCGUGAGCGAAGAUCUAAAAAGUCUUCAGUGGAGAAAGAGGCAUCCAAUUCCAUCACAAGAGAAGAUGAGACUGGAGUUGCUGCAGCAGAAAGCCAGAGCUCGUCUGUGGAGAGGCGAGGGCCCACUAUUCCUCGUAACACUGGACAGAGAUACUCAGCCCUACUGUCACCAGGACCAGACCAGAAGCUUCAUGUCAGCUUCUCUCCACGCUUUUGACUGUGUAUAAAGCACUGGUUCAUUUGUGACCUGUCAAUGGUAUAAUAGCCAAACUAAUAGACAGCAGGAUCACUAAUGCCCUGUCAGUAUUUUGAUUGGCACAGGGGCGCUGUCCUGUAGUGGGAAUGGACCCUGUUGUACAGAACAGCUUUGGCUGGAAUUUCUGUGAUUCCUGAGCCAGCCUUUAGUGGCAUUAAUGACAAAUCAGCUCUUCAUCUUCAGAGCCAGAUGUCAACAUUGUGAUGCUGCAUUCAUACUUAGAAACUCUGAUGCAAUGUAAUCACCCGGCUUUCAAAAAAUUGAUCACAAGAUCUAUUGAGAAAAGAUACAUGCAAGAGCCAAAAUUAACAUAUACAGAUAACAAUUAGAUAAUCUCAAAUGUUUCAUCUGACAGGUAUGUAGAAACCCUUAUUGUUGUGAUAGGAUAGUUUGUGUAAGGAGGUAGUUGUUCCUUGCAGGCAAUUAAGUGAUAGUUAUUCUCCCUCCCCCCUAAAUCAGAGGCUGGAUCUUUAGAGUUUCUGAGAAUGCAUGAAUGCAAAAGAGUGACCAAACAAUUCACAAAGAAAUGUAAAUUAACAAGAGGUCAAAUGUAGUAAUCACUAUAUACAAAUGUACUUGAAAUGAUUUCUGAGCACGUUAAACCUAAAAAAUGUAAGUGUAAUACAUACUGUGAGGUUGCAAUGUCUAUGAACUUGAUUUUUGCUUAUGCACUUGGCUGAAAAACAAACAAACAAAAGUGACAGAAGAGCCUAAUGGACAAAUAUGUUUGUUCAGUUUUAAUUUAUUUAAAUUA